AUGGGUGAAUUAUCAUAUUUGAAAGGCGUGCGCACACGUUAUUUCAAUUAUAUUGAGAAAGAGUUACAUACUGGAAAUAUGUUGUUAGACACGGAAAUAGAGAGCAUGAAUCCAGAGGAGUGCAAAGAAUAUGAACAUACUGUGAAUGAAACUAGACUUAAGAUUAAUAAUUAUAUCGAUAAGCUUAAUUUUCAGUCAGAAAAAGUUGCUAGCGUUAUUGGUGAUUCCGAUAGUGAAUUCAUUCAAACAUUGCUAGAAAAUGAUUCGAUAUUGCUUGACAGGGCUUGGACUAUGGUCUAUAAACUGGAACAUAAACAGACCGAUCUAAAACGGAAGAUAAAAGAGGAUAUCGUUAAGGAUGUGUCAGACGAAGAGGGUUCAGCUGUGAAAAAAAUGUGUGAAGUUCAGAUGAAAUUACAAACAGCGUUCUUCGAACAACAACAAGAACGAGCAGAAGCGCAAAUGAAAAUGCAACAGAGCUUCUUUGACAAACAGCAUAGCCUGAAAGUUAAAAGUGAGAAUACAGUCAAGUUACCUAAAUUAGACAUGAUUUCCUUUAACGGAGAUAAACUCCAAUGGCCUGAAUUCUGGGACUCAUUCUCCAGGGCUGUACAUGAAAACGACAAGCUGUCAUCAGUUGACAAGUUCAACUAUCUAAAGGGAAAGCUCUAUGGGGAAACCCGAAGUGCUAUCGCUGGAUUGGCUAUGUCGAAUGAAAACUACGACAUCGCUAUCCAAAUUCUCAAGGAAAGAUUUGGAGAUCAGCAAGACAUUAUAGAUUUGCAUUAUAAGGGACUGGUGAAUGUUGCGUCCCCAAGGGAUACGACUGAAAGUUUGCGACAUUUCUACGACAAAAUACAAAAACACUUGAGAAGUUUGGUGGUUAUGCAUGAGAUUUUGGAGCAACAGGUUUUCGUAUCAGUCAUUCGGAGCAAACUGCCAAGUGAAAUUCUUAUGCAUCUUGAAAUACAGAAAGGCUCAGACAACAAGUGGACAUUACCUAAGCUUUGUGAAUUGCUCCGACAGUAUAUUGUGUCAAAAGAAAAGUCGGACAAACCCAAACCAGUGAACGCUAAUUUUAUACCUAGUCGAAGAGUGAGACCACAAUUUCAGAAAUCUACAAAUACCUUUAAAGGCUUCAGGGGACCCCCAACAGCAAAUACCACUGCUAGAGCUUUGACUGCAUAUGAAAAGAAAGAGUCUACUUCUCCCCAACAACAUCAGAAGAAAACCUGUAGAUUCUGUAGUAAGAAUCAUUGGAGUGACGAAUGUCCACGGUACAAGACAAUCGACGAAAGAAAAGCAAAAAUCAAGGGAUGCUGCUACAAAUGCUUAAAAGAAGGACACAUGUCUCCUGACUGUAAAAGCAAACGAAUGCGUGUCCAUUGCAAAAAAUCAAAUGUACAUCACAGAAGUUUGUGCCCAGUGAAAUUUAGAAAGGCACCUAUUCAUGAAAGUGUUAAUUUAUUAGAAGAAAGAGCAUGCGUGUCUGAAGAAAGUGUAGAAACAAGAGAAAUUCCCAUUAAUUCAACAGAUGGUGGUGUUUGUAAUGAAAGUGCAUUAUUAUCAUCCAAUGAAAUAGUGAUGAUGCAAACAUCGCGCACUGAAAUUUGGGACACAGAAGGUCUUAAUAAAGAAAAUGUAAGAAUUCUUUUAGAUUCCGGAUCGCAAAGUACGUACAUUACAGAGCGACUGGCAACAUCCCUGAAUCUAAAGAGGACAAAUGAACAAGAGAUUCAUCUGGUUACGUUUGGUAGCGACAAAGCGAAGGUGAUAAAGACAAUGUCUACAAAGUUAAAUGUUCGGUUGAAGGAUGGACACGAUUACACAAUAACAGCAAAUAUAGUUCCAACAAUUACAGGAAGCAUUCAAAGGAAACCAGUACGUAUAUCGGACAAACUUGUUAAUAUUAUCAUAUGGCAAUAA